CGAACAGCGAGGUUUUUACUGAUCAACAACAACUUGCUUUCCAGUUGAAUCAGCGCCGUCGGUUCUGAUAGUUGACUGAGAUUGUCUGAUUUGUUCUGAACAGAGAGUAGUAUCCUCCAGUAAACUGCAGGUUAAGUGCGCUAGACAGAAAUAAACCGACAGCUGGUGGUCUACUACGGCUCCGCGAGCAAAUACCUCGAGAACGGAAAAAAAACGGAAAAGAGACGACGAGGAGCCAACGAUGGCGGUGGCGCAUCCUGUGUCGAUAGCGCGGACAUAUGCGUAUGCGAAUGCGCAGAUGCCUGCCUCGUAUUCUGAUUAUGAAUCGCUUCAUGUUUCCUGGGGUGACAUUGAGAAUUACGAGAUUGUGAGAAAGGUUGGUAGGGGAAAGUACUCGGAGGUGUUUGAGGGCGUGAACUUGAAUGGCAAUGAUAAAUGUAUCAUCAAAGUGCUCAAGCCGGUGAAGAAGAAAAAGAUCAAGCGCGAGGUGAAGAUUUUGCAGAAUCUUUCGGGUGGAACGAAUGUGAUUAAGCUGUUUGACAUCGUGCGCGAUGCACAUAGCCGGACACCGUCGCUUGUGUUUGAAUAUGUCAAUAACGUUGACUUUCGGCUUUUGUAUUCAAAGUUUACUGAUUACGAUAUUCGGUACUACAUUUACGAGCUGCUCAAGGCCCUGGACUUUUGCCAUUCGAAGGGUAUUAUGCAUCGGGAUGUGAAACCUCACAAUGUGAUGAUUGAUCAUGAGAAGAAGCAGCUGCGUCUUAUCGACUGGGGUCUUGCAGAGUUUUACCAUGCGGGGCAGGAGUAUAACGUGCGAGUGGCAUCGCGGUACUACAAGGGCCCCGAGUUGCUGGUUGACUUUCGGGAGUACGACUAUUCGCUGGAUAUGUGGUCUUUGGGGGCGAUGUAUGCGGCUAUGAUAUUCAAGAAGGACCCCUUUUUCCACGGCAGUUCAAACACAGAUCAGCUGGUGAAGAUUGCGCGGGUGCUGGGGACGGAUUCGUUGAACGAGUAUCUGGAGAAGUAUGAUAUUGAGCUAGAUGCUCAGUAUGAUAAGAUGAUUGGGCGAUUCCCGAGACGACCAUGGCAGCGGUUUGUGACUUCGGAGAAUCAAAAGUACAUCAGUCCGGAGGCAUUGGAUUUUCUGGACCAUUUGCUGCGAUAUGAUCAUCAGGAGCGGUUGACGGCGAAGGAGGCGAUGGCACAUGACUACUUUGCGCCUGUGAGGAAUAACGGGGAGAAGAGCGUGGAAGAGGCGGGAGCGUGAUGCUUAUUCUUAAUCAACGAUAGCGAUAGUAAUAUCAGAAUAGUUUUAUUAGGAAUAGUAAUAGUAAAGCAUCUAAAUCAAGAA